AUGGCCUCCAGCCUGCAGCAAAUGGCUGCCACUAUCACCGAGCGCUCGCGAACCCUCAUCAACAACGACCUGAAGAAGAUCCUAAAAGAGGAAGGCUCAUCACAGACAGGCAACAAGGCAGCCCUCCAGACUCGAGUCAUCAGCCUCAUCAAUAAUGCUGUCCAAGAGGGCAACGCGGACCUGUUGCGCCGGCUUCAGUACCGCAUCCAGCACCACGGAGAGGCUCCUCGAGCCGCUGCAGCGAGCAGUCCCUCGACCCCUUCUUUUCCCCGACCUACGCCGCCAGCAGCGAACGGGUACAGCAUGGCGGCCAAUGGAUACCAGGCCAGCGGCUCACCCUACUCGGCCUACCAGCAACCCCACAUAUCUACUCGUCCCAAUGGCUACUUCUUCAAGGACAGCCCGUUUUUCGAGAUACGCGAGCUGAUCAUGAGCAACAUUUCUCUUGAUGCUUCGCCCAGUCAUCGUCAGAGUGUUACGCGAACCCUGAUACCCUCGGAACAUGUGGCUGCCCGCCUCAAAUCAGAUAAAUCGCUACGAUUACUCUUGUUUUCGGCACUCGAACAGCCACUUGCACCGUAUGCGCGGCUAGAUAUCAGCUUUCCAUCCCAGAUCGAAGUCCGCAUCAAUGCUCAAGAGGUCAAGGCUAAUUACAAGGGCUUGAAGAACAAGCCCGGUUCGACUCGCCCUGCUGAUAUCACAGAGUUUGUGCGAAUCACGCCAACUAAUCAUCGCAAUUCUCUCGUCAUCACCUAUGCUCUGACGCAGAAGGCAAGUCAACAGAAGUAUAACUUGUUCAUAUACAUGGUCAAGAAGUUUUCUGUUGAAGAACUGACACGACGGAUCAAGUUGCGCAACCUCAUCACCCGGCAAUCCGUGUUGAAUGAGAUGUUGAAAAAUGCCAACGACCCCGACAUCGAAGUCGGUUCUAGCGUCAUGUCACUAAAGGACCCCAUUUCCACCCUCAGGAUACAAACACCGUGCAGGUCGACAGUGUGUACUCACAAUCAGUGUUUCGACGCUGAAUCUUUUUUGCAACUUCAAGAGCAAGCACCCACUUGGACUUGCCCGAUCUGUAACAAGACGAUAUCGUACGAAGCUCUCGCAGUCGAUCAGUAUGUGGAAGAGAUUCUGAACAAGGCUCGAAAUGUAGACCAGGUCACUAUUGAACCAAACGGCGAUUGGUCACUCGACAAAGAGGCUUCGCCCAAACGAAAUGAUCACAGCGCUCAUGGCGCUCACGACGAUGAUAGCGAUGAGGAUCUGGUCGAGAUACCCGACUAUCGUAUUCGAGCCAUCAGGUCCGAAGCAAUCCCCACGCCGACAUCACUGAGUACGCCACCGCAACUCUCGCGAGAUUCGUCCAUGGCUCCUCGCUCCGGUCAGAAGCGGACAUCUGAGGUGGUGGAUUUAACAUUGAGUGACGAUGAAGAGCCGGUGCGGCCAGCCAAAAAGGUAGCGUACAGUACCCCGAAUAGCUUCCCAGAUUUGCCACGUCGCCAGUUACCUCCCCUUGGUCACUCCAGUUAUGGUGCACAUAGCCGACCGAUACCGCCUGCCUAUGGCGUGGGCUCGAGCUUUCCCCGGCCCUCUGCAACUCCUACAUCACCUCCACCACGCACUGCUUUUCCUGAUGAUUAUGACGAGUGUUCUUCAGCUAAUAUCGCACCGGUUGGUCUCAUGGCCUCGUCGGCCAAAGGCUGGUCACUUCGUGGGCAUCCUUUGUCCAAACCGGUCGGCCAACCCUACACCCGUACAUUUUUCUUCCAGCUCGUCUCCUCCCUCUUUGUUAUCCCAACAGAAGAGAAUUUUUUAGCAUAG